AUGGUUUUAAGCCUUAAGAACUUAAACAAAAGUAAAUGGAGUUCAUUGUCCAAAAAGAAAAUAGAAGAUAAAUCAUCAUGUUAUUCACCGAGAACAGAAAAAUUAAUUGAAAUAAUAUCACCAAUUUUAGAUUAUUAUGGAUAUAAUAAGGAAGAUGUUUAUAAUUUUAUUAGCUUAUAUAAAUUUGAUAUAGAAAAAAUUCAAUUAGAACUAUGUAAUAUUAUGGAAUCUAAAGAAGGAAAUGAUGAAGGUUUAUGGGAAACAGUAAAAAGUAAAAAAAGUAAGAAACUUACUGAAAAGAUUAAUAAAAAAAAUAAUUUAACGCAAAAUAAUAUCGGAAGAAAAAAUAAUAAGCAAUUUGAAAAACUAUUUUCAAAAGAUUUUAACAUAAAAGAUAAAGAUUUACGAAAAAAUAAAAGUACCAUAAAUUCCAGUUCAUUUGGGCAACCAAAUAAAACUGUUCCGAAAAAUAGUAAAAUAACAUAUUUUAUAAAUUCCAAUACAAAAAACCAAAAAGCAUCAACGUUACAUGAAAUUAGUAAAAAUACUCAUGAAGAAAGGGGAACUAAAGAAAAAAUAGAUAUCAACGAAAAUUCAAGAAAAAUUUUGAAUAUAAAAUCAGUAGAAGUAGUGGGAGGGAACAAUUAUGAGACAAAAAAUGAAAAAGUAAUAAAAAAAAAGAAAGGAGAUAUAAAACUAGAAGAAGAAAAAAAAAAUGAUGUAAAUGAAUCGCAUGAUGAGGAUUUCUUGAAUCAUUCAGUGGAAGAAGAAAAAGAUGAGCACAAAAAAAAUAAAAAAAAUUUCAAAGAACCAGAUGGUGUAGUAAACGAUGAGAGUCUUAUGAACAGAAAAAGUAGUAAUAUAAACGGUUAUAAUAAUAAUAGUUAUUUUAUUAAUCAUUAUGAUAAAAAAAAAUAUUUUAAGUUGGAAGACAGCAGAAUAGCGGGAUACAAGUUAAAUGAUGAGCAUUUUAGUAAAAAGGAUUAUAAGAAUAAGACAACUCUUAUUACAACCACUGCUAAUAACAGUAGUAAUAAUAAUAAUAAUUUUAGUAAUAAUUACAGUGGCAGUAACAACAAUUAUUCAGCAAACGUAGGAAUGAAUUACCUUGGAACGACUACGACUAUCUCGAAUUUUAGCAGAUAUAGCAACUUCAAUUAUCAUGAUAAAUAUUUUAAUAAAAAUUACAAUAGAUAUAACAAACCAUUAAAUGAUUCCAUUAUUACAAGAAAUGGAAAGAAGAGAUUUUCUCUUUAUAAUAGCAGGUUAAAUCUAUACAAUUCUGGUAAUAGUUAUUUCAAUUCGUAUGCAAAAGGGAAUCAGAAAAAAAAUUAUUUGAGUAAAAAAAGUUUUAGAAAAAAAAGAAGUUUUAGUAAAAAUAACAGUAUAGAUCAAGAGUACGAUCCAUAUACGGGACAAAAGUUAAAUUAUGAAGUAAGUACUAACGAACAUUCAAACAGUUUUGAAAAUAGUGAUAAGAAGAAAGUGCUAGAUGCUAAAACAGGAAGCGAAAAAAUGAAUGUUAACACAUCGUAUGCAUCAGUUGUUAAUAACAGAAUUAAACAUUCUUCUUCUGAAGAAACUAAAAGUACAGAUGUUAAAAGAAACAAUAUUAUACCUUCCCAAAUUGUAUUGAAUGAUAAUAAUGCAAAUGAUGAAGAAAAAAAAGAAAAAAAACAAAACAAAAUUCAUUUGGUUCCUAUUAAAAAUAGCAAGCCAGAAAAAUUAUGGGUAUCAGUUAUUACAAAAGGUAAUUGUACUGGUGGGAACACCAACGAGUAUAAUGAAAAAUCAGAUAAUUCCUGUUCAACCAGAACUGUGGUAAAUUCUUCGAAGGAAUUGAAAAAAGAUCAAAAUAAUCAGCAGGAAAAUAAAAAAGGGAUAUCGAAUAAUAAAGCCACAAAAACAAAGAAAAAAGAAAUCAUUUCUGAGAACAUGAACAAUCAGAAUUUAUCUACGGAAGUUGGGGGAAAUAAUGAGCUUGUGAAUAAGAAGUAUUCUAAGGAUAUGGAAAAACUUGAGUCACGUGCUGUAAAAGGUACCAUUUUAAGUUGUAGUAAACUAGUGAAAAAUGAAUCUGUUAACAGUGAGAAAAUUAACAGAACAUUUGCGGAAGAUUACAGUAACAAGGAUCAACAACUUGUAGAAAGUAAAAAUAAGGUAGAAAAGGAUGGGCAUGUAAACGAUAAUAGUAACAAUAAUAGUAGUAAUAAUAAUAACAAUAAUAGCAACAUUAACAAGAAAGAUAUAAUUUCCAGUAAUAAAUUGAUAGAAGAAGAAAAAAAGGGAAAAGUUAAAGAGGCAAAAAUGGAUACAGACGAAAAAAAAAAGAAAAAGAAAAAAAAGAGUGAUCAAGAGAAUAUGUUGAAUAAUAGUGAUACCAAUUUAUCAAACCAAAUGAAGUAUUCUAUUGGAACAUCGCUUGAUAUGAAAAAAGGAAAAAAUAAAAUGGUCAUUAAUAAUAAUAAUAAUAAUAUGAAGAUAACAAUUAGUGGGGAAAAAAUAGUCCCAGAAGAUGUUACAAUUCCAGAAUGUCAAGAAGGAAUAGACAAGAACAAUAAUGUUAUACCAAUAUAUAUGCCCAAUUUAUCACUGAUGGGAAAUAAUAUGAAUAAGAAAAUAUUCUUUGGAAAUAUAAACAUUAGUGGAAAUCAAAUAGAAAACAUCGAUGUGUCGGAUAAUAAAAUGGAACAAAUGAAAAAUAAUAACAGUACUCAUUAUAAUAGUAGUACUUAUAAUAAUAAUAGAUUGAUGAAUGUAGAAACAAGGAAAAAAAAUUAUAUUAGAAAAAAUUAUGGUAUUGAUUCUUCUGCAAUUACCAUAGGCAGUGAUAGCAAUAAUAAUAAUAAUAACAGUAGUAAUAAUAGUAUUAACAAUAGUAAUAAUAAUAUUAACAACAACAGUAUUAAUAACAUUAACAACAAUAGUAAUAAUAAUAUUAACAACAAUAGUAAUAAUAAUAUUAACAACAAUAGUAAUAAUAAUAUUAAUAGUAACAGUAAUAAUAAUAUGAAUAACAGUAGCAGUAAUAGAAACUCCUCAGCAAUGCAUAACAAUAAUAAGGAGGGAACUAAUGGAAAUUAUGACCAUAACAACGAUAUGAGAAAUCCAAAAGAAAGAGAUAUCAAACAUUUCGAUUUUAAAAAUAAGCAUCAAAAGAGAGAGGAUAAUAUAAACAGUGAUCUAUUAAAUGAUAACAAAACAAAAUCAAUUUUUUCGUCAUCAAAUAAUAAACAUUCACAUAUUAAUACAAGGUCUCACAAUAUAUAUGUACCCAAAAUGACAACCACAAGUUCAGGAGCAGCAGGAGCAUCUUCAUCUAGUUAUCAUCAUCAGCAAUUACACACUUCUUUAAACAGUACUAACCAAAAUACUAGGCAUUUACUAAAUAAUCAUUCUUCUUCUAUGUUUAUCAACCACUCUUCACAAGCGAUUCAUUCGUCCCAGGAUAAUUCUUCAUCAGCUUUGAUAAGUGGAAAGAAUAAUAAAUAUAUUCAAAGUACAUUGAAAAGUAAGAAUUAUGACCACGACAUAGAAGAUUCAAGUUCUAUACAUCUAAAUCAAAUUUCACAAAAAUUCUUGCAGAGUCAUCAAAAUUCGGGAAAUUCUGUAAGUACUAAUAACGUAUCCGCAAAUAAUAGUAACAACAGUGGUGCGAAUAACAGUAAUAGUAACAGCAGUAAUAACAACAACAACAACAAUAACAAUAUCAACAACAGCAACAACAACAAUAACAAUAGUAGUAGUAACAAUAAUAACAGUGCUACUGUUAAUGCUAGUGCUAGUGCAAAUGUGAACGCCAGUAAUACAGUUAGCAGCAUGUCGAAUAAGAAUACAAACACCGAUGUGAGCAACAUGAAUUUAAUUAAUAUGGGCAUGAACAAUUUAAGCAGUAGUAGCAUAUACAAUUCAUAUAAUUCCCCACCAGGUUUAGCAAACCAAUUUAAUUAUUCAUAUACGAAUUUGUCCUAUCCAUACAACAAUAUGCAUUAUAAUGGAUACACUACACAAACCCUAGUUCCUCAAUACGGUUUAAUUAACAAUCAUUAUAACAAAAAUAAUAGUAUUCAUAACAGUAAUUAUAAUUAUAAUAUGAAUUAUGACAAUUUCGAUGAGAGUAAUUUAUAUGUACACAAUAAUAAUAUGCACAUGAAUAAUUAUGUAAAUUUUAUGAAUGUUAAUGUAAAAAAAAAUCAGUUAAAUACAGACGAUGACAAUUUAAGCAAUUCAGGGGAUAUUUCCAUUUCAGGUUCCUUACAACCUCAAAAUUUAACACAUGAAAAUCAAAAUAAUUCUAAUCAAAAUUCGACCAAUAUAAACAACAAUUCAUGCUUAGACACAUCUAACAAUGUUAUUAACAAUUUGUCUCUAACUAAUAUGAGUAGCAAUGUAAACCCAAACUUAAAUAUUUCAUGUACAACGAAUACAACUAGCGAAUUAAAAAAUAAGCAACAAAUGAAUAAAAAUAUGAAUGACAUACAAUUACAGUUUCCACCCCCAAUCCAAUCAAUGAAACAAAACCAAAGUGUGCAAAAUAAAAAUACGACGCAUCUGAACAAUAAUCAGCAUUCCAGUAAUCAACACAGCCACAAUAAACAUGCAGAACAACAACAUCAGCAAAAUUUGGUGAACAACAACAAUAAUAAUAGCAACAAUAACAAUAACAACAACAAUAAUAAUAGUAGUUCCAUAAACCAGUACACUCAAAGUCAAAUGAAUCCAAAUAACUCACAAAACACAGCUUCCUCUACAUCCUCUUCCGUAACAGGAAAAGUAGAAACGAAUAACUUAAACAGCAGUACUCAAAAUAGUUAUAUAAAUAAACAGCUAUAUCAUAAUAGUAAUUAUUAUAAUAAUGUAAACUCCAACAAUUACAACAUUCCUCCUGGAUUUAAUAUGUCACAAGAUAAAGAACAAAACAGUAGUUAUUUGAAUAAUAAUGUAGGCACUACUAAUGCAAAUACAAGUGUUACUGCAUAUAGGAAUAAUUGGAAUAGUGUUAAUGAAAAAAAUUUAAAUCAUUAUAACCUAAAUUACAAUUAUAAUAGGAACAACAAGAAUAAUUUUAAUUACACCAGUAACUUGAACUACAGCAGUAGCAGUGGAUAUAAUGGAACGAGAGACAACACGAACAACUUUUUUAAUUAUAACAAUUUUAGUUAUGCUUUGCAAUCUCCUCCAGGUUUACAAAAUUAUUAUCAAAGUACACAAUACCAGCAACAAAAUAAUUAUAGUAACAGAAAUUACAAUUACUCUGCAUAUAACAACAAUUUAUCCAUGUGGAGUAAGUAG